AUGGGCAAAAAGAGCUUUAGGGGAAAGAACAGAAGAGGAGGCGGUGGCGGCCGAGGUGGUGGUAACCAGGAUAGAGGUGGCUGGAGAGAUUAUCCUGCCAUUCCCAAGGAGAACGAGAAGCUCCAGCGCUUCUACGACACCCUCCUCCAGCUGCCUGAAGAGGAGAAGAAUGCCUACUGGGAGGCUCUCAGACGUGAGCUUCCUAACAGCUUUAGGUUCUGCGGCUCUAAAGGUCACGCCCUUCUUGUCAAGAGCCUUCUCCAAACCAGAUACAUCCCCGAGAUCGUCAAGAUCGAGCAUCAAGAUGGCCGACCUGUCGAGCCUCCCCAGCCUGUGCCCUGGUACCCCGACGAGCUUGCUUGGUGGAUGACUACCCCCAAGAACGUCGUUCGCAAGUUCCCUCCCUUCGCCGCAUUUCAGAAAUUCCUGGUCUCCGAGACAAGUGUCGGAAACAUCAGCCGACAGGAAGUCGUCAGCAUGAUCCCACCUAUGCUGAUGGAUCUCCGCCCUGGCAUGACCGUCCUUGACAUGUGUGCUGCUCCUGGAAGCAAGGCUGCGCAACUGCUCGAGAUGAUUCACCAGGGCGAGGAGGCCCGCGUGCGCAAGGUUCUCCGAUCUUAUGCUCAGGAAGAUGGCCUGGAUCUUGGUGCCGAGACUACAGAUGAAAUUGAGGCCGACCUCGAAGCCGAUCCCAGCGACGCUGGACGGGCUACUGGAAUGCUUGUCGCCAACGACUCCGAUUACAAGCGCGGACACAUGCUUGUCCAUCAGCUCAAGCGACUUUCUUCCCCUAACCUUCUCGUCACGAACCACGAUGCUACCCAAUUCCCUUCGAUCAGGCUCCCUGCUAAGGACGGCAAGAAGCCAACCUACCUCAAGUUCGAUCGCAUUCUGGCUGAUGUCCCUUGCUCCGGUGACGGGACUCUGCGAAAGAAUGCCAACAUCUGGAAGGAUUGGCAACCAGGAAGCGCUCUUGGCCUGCACCUCACCCAGAUUCGAAUUCUGGUCCGCGCUCUCCAGCUUCUCAAGGUUGGAGGCCGUGUCGUGUUCUCUACCUGCAGUAUGAACCCUGUUGAGAACGAGUCUGUGGUCGUCUCGGCCAUUGAGCGGUGUGGCGGUCCUGCGAAUGUUGAGAUUGUCGACUGCAGCAAUGAGCUGCCUAACUUGAAGCGAUACCCCGGAAUGAAGGACUGGAAGAUCAUGGAUAAGAGUGCCCGUAUCUGGAGCUCCUGGAAGGAGGUUGAGGAUUUUGCUAAGGAGAGCGCUGAUGGUGUUAUCCCUGGACGAGUUGUUGAGACUAUGUUUCCUAGACUUGAGGGUGCUGAGUGCGCUGACUUGCCUCUUGAGCGGUGCAUGAGAGUCUAUCCUCACAUGCAAGACACUGGUGGUUUCUUCAUCACUGUCUUGGAGAAGAAGUCCGAGUUCAAGGCUAAGAACGAGAACGAGUCGAAGGAGACCAAGCCCGCCAAGACUGAAGAAUCCGCUGAGGCCACUCCUGCUGAGAAGGUUGCUGAAGAGGCACCUGCCAAGGAGGAGACCGAGGUCAAGACUGAAUCUGAGUUGGCUCCCGUUGAAGCUGAAGCUACCCCUGCCAAGGCUGAAGACAAGCAGGAGGAUGUUGCUAUGGCCGAUGCGUCUACUAACGGUAACAAGCGACCUCUCGAGACUGAGGAUGCUCAAGAUCAGCCCGCUAAAAAGGCCAAGACUGAGUCUACUGAGCCCUCAGCUGCUGCUACUCCUGCUGCCCAAGUGGCACAGGAGGGCAGUAAGCCUCGCCGAAAUGGCCCUGUCGAGGAGGCUUUCAAGUACUUGGACGUUUCGCACCCCACCGUCCAGGGCAUUAAGGAGUUCUAUCAUAUCUCUAAGCGCUUCCCCGACGAUCGGUACAUGGUCCGGAACGAGAUGGGUGAGCCUGCCAAGGCUAUCUAUUACACCAGCGCACUCCUCCGCGAUAUCCUUAUCGAGAACGAAGGCCGUGGUAUCAAGUUCAUCCAUGGUGGUGUCCGCAUGUACAUGAAGCAGGACGCUCCCUCCGCUGAUGUUUGCAGAUGGCGUAUCCAGGCCGAGGGUAUGCCCAUCCUCCAGGGUUACGUCGGCGAGCCCCGUGUUGUGCACCUCCACAACAAGGAGACCUUCCGCAAGCUUCUCAUCGAGAUGUUCCCUCGCAUCAACGAUGGUAAGUACGAGCGCUUCGACGAGAUUGGCGAGCGUGUCCGAGAUAUCGGCAUGGGUUGCGCUGUUCUCCGCGUUGAGCCUGACGGUACAGACCCCGACUUUAGAGAGCGUAUGGCUCUCCCUCUUUGGAAGAGCAUACACUCUCUCAACCUUAUGCUUCCCAAGGAGGAUCGAUCUGCUAUGCUACUGCGCAUCUUUAACGAUACAUCCCCGCUCAUCAACAUUGCUGCGCAGAAGAACCAGAAGGCCAUUCAAGACGCCAAGGAGGCCGAGGCUGGUGAUGAUACCAAAGAGGAAGUGGAUGUUGCGGAUCUUCCCUCGCCCGAAGAGCCAGCAACGGGGCCAGUAGAGGCUGAGGAGAAGAUGGAAACGGCUUAA